AUGUCCUUGAGUGGGAAAAGACCGUAUGCAAUUGAGAAGAAGAGUUCAAGCGUGACAUGGAAGAAGCCUCGUCAAAACUUGGAAAAAAGACGACCAACUUUACCCAUAUUUGAGCCCUCCGGGCUACUUGAGCUGGAUUCUAAUAACAAAAAGGGCAUUCACGUGCUACAUGUCGAGCCGUUAAACGCGGUAUCGCCAGAGACUUUUUACCGAAAUCGCCGGGUUCCAAAGUUCCGUCAGUGCCGUUUCCGUGCUGUGGUGUAUCGCGACGGCCAAGAGGAGCCAAUCGAGACGUAUGACUUAUUCGAAAAAAGCAGUUAUUUGGUCGGGAGGGCAUUGGGUGACAAGCAGGGCGACAAAGAAACACCUGAAGACGCGGAAAUUGUCCUCGCAGAUAUCAAAAUUCCCGACGAAACUUGUUCCAAGCAGCAUUGCGUAAUACAGUUCCGUGAAAUUGACAGCGAAUUGAAGGUACAUGUUAUGGAUUUAGAAUCCUCUAACGGUACGGUUCUCAACGCUGUUGAACUACCAGCCACUCGUUUUGUAGAGCUCCAUUCUGAAGACUGCUUGCGGUUUACUGUUCACCGUAGUGAUUCUCAGUAUUCAGUCAUAUUUGUUGCUGGAUGA